GUUGUGAUCAAAACAUAAGCGAGUGCUGGUGGGUGCAGGGUCCACGUUGUCCCAAACCGAGAGGAAAACGGAGUUGUUUGUGCAAACACGAAGUCCUACCAGUGAAAUUAUACCCAUGACAUAUUUGGGAUACCUUGGUUCAACUACUGCAACUCUCUGUGCUGAUUUACCUGUAUCUCUGCCACGUGGGACACAAGGGCUAGCUGAUGGGUCAGAGGUGACUGCAUGAGGAGGCGGAGUUAGGAGACCCUGGGCUGAACUUAGACCAAACCCAGUCACACUCCUGUUGACCUUGCCUCUCCUCUAGAGAUGAGGUCCAUCCGAUCGUUCGCCAACGACGACUGCCACGUCAUGGCCAAGCAUGCCGACAUCUACCCUUUGCCAGAGGAGCUGGAGGCUGUCCAGAAGCUGGUGUCCACUGUGGAAUGUGCCCUCAAACAGGUGUCGGACUGGAUGGACAACCUCAAUGCCUCCCUAAGCAAGGCCCCAACCACCACCACCACCGUCGACAUCAAGGCUGCUGGAGACUCUACAGGCACCCACGGCAGCACAAAGACCCAGAGUGUGUCGAUCCUGUGUGGGGUGAUGCGGGUGGGUCUUGUGGCUAAGGGCCUCCUGGUUAAAGGAGACAUGGAUUUGGAGCUGGUCCUGAUGUGCAGAGACAAACCCACCAAAUUACUUCUGUACACUGUUAGUGCCAACCUGCCCUUGCAACUACAGACGCUGACGGAGGACAAGUACGAGGUGCGGUCGAGCGUGUCGGAGUCCGCCAUCUGGGUGGUCAACAUCAACGACCCCAAAUUCUCCCUGAAGGUCACCCUGUCCUCACUGGCCAUGAGAGAUGAACACACUGCCAAAGACCAAGAGGAAGGUGUGGAGGUGGAGGGGCUUGAUGAGGUCCUGGACAGGCGGUGGUGCCAGGCUGCCCUGGCAAUGCUCAGACACACCAAAUGGUUUCAGGCCAGAGUGACCGAUCUGAAGUCGUGUGUCAUCGUCAUGCGUAUUUUCAGAGACAUGUGCAACAGACUAACUGUGUGGGAGCCUCUCAAAGGAUGGCCCCUAGAGCUGAUCUGUGAGAAGGCCAUAGCCACCUGUAACCGGCCUCUGGGGCCCGGAGAGGCCCUGCGCAGGGUCAUGGAGUGCAUCGCCUCAGGGAUCCUCCUCCCAGAUGGGCCGGGAGUUCACGACCCCUGUGAGAAGGAGCCAACAGACACCUUGUCAGUGAUCACAGACCAACAGGCUCAGGCUAUCACUCACAAUGCACAGCAUGCGCUACGCCUCCUAGCUUUUGGACAGCUUUAUAAGGUCCUGAAUAUGAAUCCUCUCACUCCAACCAAACCGUCACACAGACUCUCCGGGUUGGACAAAGGAACCUGUCGUAAAAGGCAGCACGAAGACAGACACGCUGACGACAGACAGCUCUUCAAGAGGAUGAAACACAACCUGAUGAGAGUUCUGGACAAUAACAUGAUGAACCACUCCAUGAACGCCCUGAUAAGACUGAACCAGGUCCACCCGGGGCUGCAGUACAAGCUAUUGUCCCAGUCCGGCCCGGUCCACGCUCCAGUCUUCACCAUGUCUGUGGACAUCCACGGCACUGUCUACGAGGCUUCCGGCGCCUCCAAGAAGACGGCCAAACUACAAGUAGCACUUAAGGUCCUACAGGCACUAGGUUACCCAGCUGACUUCGAUGUGGACCUGGACUCCCUGAGUGCUGACGAGAGGUCUGACGGCGAGGGACGCAACCGUAGAAGUGAUAGAAACGACAGAAUGUCCACCAGCUCCAGCAGAAACUCUGUCACCUCUACAGACGCACACGAGUCCCGCACCCCAGGCCCUCUCCUUACGGCAGGGGGCAAGAACCCAGUGAUGGAGCUGAAUGAGAAACGCAGAGGCCUGAAGUACGACCUCCUAUCAGAGACCGGCAGCAGCUACGACAAACGCUUCAUCAUGGAGGCAAGUCUUUAUUUAUACAUACAUACACGCUUAAGCUGCUUUUUGUUGCGCUAAACGCUUCAGGAAGGGCCCAGCGCUGCGUACAGACCC